GUGGUGAUGCGGUCUGGCGCGUUUCUGCGCAGGCGGCGCGGCCUAGCCGUCUUCCUCUGCGAACUCAACGGGCUUUUCGCGGCGCCAGCGUGUACUGGCCGCAGCGGUCAUGGGGAAGCUGAACGUGGUGAUGCUUCGGUACCUCUCCAGGGAGCACUUCAGGGUCCUGACAGCGGUGGAAAUGGGCAUGAAGAACCAUGAGAUAGUUCCUGCUAGCUUAAUUGCUUCCAUUGCCAGCCUUAAACAUGGUGGCUGUAAUAAAAUUUUGAGAGAGUUGGUGAAGCACAAACUUCUAGCUUAUGAACGAACUAAAACUAUACAGGGUUAUCGGUUAACUAAUGCAGGAUAUGAUUACCUUGCUUUGAAAACUCUGUCUUCUCGACAAGUCAUAAAUUCUGUUGGAAACCAGAUGGGUGUUGGCAAAGAAUCAGAUAUUUAUAUUGUUGCAAAUGAAGAGGAACAGCAGUUUGCAUUGAAAUUACAUAGGCUUGGAAGAACAUCCUUUCGCAGUCUGAAAAAUAAACGCGACUACCACAAGCACAGACAUAAAAUGUCAUGGCUGUAUUUAUCCCGGCUAGCAGCAAUGAAGGAAUUUGCCUAUAUGAAGGCUUUGCAUGACAGAAAAUUUCCUGUUCCAAAACCUGUAGACUACAACAGGCAUGCAAUCGUUAUGGAACUUAUUGAUGGCUAUCCUUUGUGCCAGGUACGCCAAAUGGAAGAUCCUGCCUCUGUCUACAGUGAAUUAAUGGAUCUGAUUGUAAAACUUGCCAGUCAUGGUUUGAUUCAUGGUGAUUUCAAUGAAUUUAAUCUCAUAUUGGAUAAUGAGGACCGUGUCACUAUGAUUGAUUUCCCUCAGAUGAUAUCAACAUCACAUGCAAAUGCUGAAUGGUAUUUUGACAGAGAUGUUAACUGUAUCAAGGAAUUCUUUAAAAAACGCUUCAACUACGAGAGUGAGCUCUUCCCAGCGUUCAAAGACAUCAGGAGAGAGUGUUCUCUUGAUAGAGAGAUUGCUGCCAGCGGCUAUACAAAAGAAAUGCAGGAAGAUGGGGAACUGCUUUACCCACCAGGUUCUGAUGAGGAUGAUAAUACAACAGAGGUAUUAGAAUUUGUAGAAGAUGCUGACAAUAAGCUCAACUUCUUCAGUAAAGAUAAAGAAAACAAUGCAGGCUACAUGUAUGAAGUGGGUGAUUUCUCUGAAAGCAGAACCUCUAAUGACUUUAUGUAUAGCAAUGAAGAGGCUGAUACAACUGAAAGUAGUGAAAAUACACAAAGGCUGAAUAUGUCAAAGUUGAGUUCAGCCUUAGAAAAAGUUGAAGGGCAAGCUAUGCUUUGGAAGUCUGGUGAAGAAGCAGAGAGUUCUGCAAGUGCUUUUUUUGAUGGCAAAAGCAUAACUAAAAAUGCUGCUGAAGUCAAAAAUCAGACAGGUCAAGGAGGAUGCUGUAAUGAUCAGGAGAAUGGAGACGAAUGCCCUGAACUGGUUGACUUGUCGACUUCAAAUGAGAAAUUCAGGCACUACAGAAAUGAAGAGAGUAUCGUUCAUAUUGCUGAGCACAGAACAAGGACUAAAAGUAUCACAUCAGUCAGAAGUAUUGGGAGCUGUUCAACCAUUCCAGCGGAACUGGUAAAACAGAAGAUAAAACGUCAACUGACCAAACAUCAAAAGUCUGCUCUGAGGCAACGGCUGCAAAAAGGAGAGGCAAAUAUUUAUACCAAACAACGUCGAGAAAAUAUGCACAACAUUAAGUCAAGCUUGGAUGCAGCUAGUUUCUGGGGAUAACUUAUUAAAGCUCCUGUAGAACAUAAGAAAACUCAUAAUGUACACAGUUGAAAGAAUUAUGCUAAUAACCAAUAAUCCUGCUAUAUAAUGGAGCAAUCUCUUCUAUACAAACAAAUGUUUUUCUGGAAGUUAAUAAACUUCAUUCUGCUUCCUGUGAUUUUGAUUGGGGGAUUUUUGUUUUGUGUUUCUGGUUAAAACUGUUGACUGUAAUUUAAAUUAAAUCAGCAGUACUGGCUAAGAUAAUUUUACUACAGUAAUUUCCAACACUAUCUUGUAAAUUGAUUGUUCUGUGUUUGUUUAGCUUAAGAAUCUUCUGUUGUGCAGAGGAUUUACCUUAAGAGGGAAGGAAGGGAAAUUUUUAAAACCAAUUUUUGCAAUGACAUGAAAUUUAAAAUGUUGCCCUCAUGGUUAUAAACAGAGAUUUGUUUGGUUUAAUUAAAAAUCACAAAUAUGAACCUGAUUCCAGUUAGUACUCUAAGAUUUCUUUUGUACCUGUACGAACAUGAGCAAUCCAUAUGAUGAGUAUGCAUUCUUUGAAGCCAGCAAUUCUCACUUAUUUUUUCCUUCACUCCAAG